AUGGAACAUAAAGAAGAGUACCACGAUCCGGACUAUCCAGAAGCACCGGCGGUUGAGAAGCCAGACAAGCCAAAAGUCUCUCAGGAAGAUAACAUUCAAACAAUAAAGACUAUAUUACGCCGCGAGUUUCAAAAUGAAUUGGAUGUUCGUGAGAGGGAAGUUAAUCUGAUCGACCAAAGGAUGUCUUUAGCAAGACGGUAUCUUCAUGAGUUGAGGUAUGCCCUCGUGAACAGCUACUAUAACAAUCCGAAGCUACAACUAUCAGCUAGCCAAGUAGAAGAUGAGGUUGCAGCACAAACAGAACCAAGAGCUAGAUCUGAAGUUUCAUCUAUACUCCGCAACACUCAGCCCAGGAUACAUCCAUCAGUACAGAAGCUGCUCGGCAAGAAAUCUGUUGCCAUCGAGGAGAUAUUCAAGUCCAGGGCACCGAGGAAGACUAGGAGGGAUUAUGGGGCCAUGGUACAAAAAAGAAAUUACACUAUAUCAGCUGAUGAGACAAAAUCACUACGACCGGAUAAGAAUGACCUUAGUCUGACUGAGGUCAAGAUGGAGAAUAAUGAACUUGAGGGGUCAUCGGUCAAAGGUCAGGCUAGUAGCAAGCCCAAGAAGAUACCUCGACAGAUAGACCCAAAGGUCAAUAAUGUGAUCACAUUAGACGAGGUCACCAGGAACCAAAUGAAACACAGAUAUAGGAUUAUAAUUGGCAACACAUCAAAGUACGUCCCGCCAGCGUCCCGCAGUGACCGCUCCACCCACAAGUGGUUGUUGUACGUGCGAGGCGCGCCCGUUGUAGAAGCAAUAACUGUCAGGUUACACCACUCGUAUGCGCCACACGACACUGUACAUAUAGAUAAGCCUCCGUUCCAAGUGUGUCGUCGAGGUUGGGGCGAGUUCCCUGCUUUAGUGACGCUACACUUCUUGAAGUCACAUCUGAAUAGACCGGCCACUAUCACACACACUAUUAAACUUGAUAGACAAUACACUGGACUACAGACACUAGGUGCAGAGACAGUUGUGGAUGUAUGGUUAUAUAGUACACCGGAUAUGAUAGAACAUGAACAGAAGGACGAAGAAGUUAAGGAGAUUAAAGAAGAAUUAACAGAAGAAGAGAACAGAAGUAGCUUAGAAGAUAAACAAGAUAGUUGGAUGGAGUUCUUUGAUAAAGACACGAGUCAAGUUAACGUUGAUGAAAUGUUAGUUAAGAAUGAAAUAAAAACUGAAACAGUGGACAAACAUGAUGAUGAGAGUGAUGAAGUACACAAUGAAGUCAAUGAUGAAGUGAAGAACACACAAAAUAAGAGAAUAAUGAAGUACAUAGAGCCUACGACAGGGAAAAUAUACUAUCUAGAAAUGGAUAGGGCAUUAGAUCUGACGAAGGUGCAAGAAAUAGUCAUAAACUCUGAAGGCAAUGUAAAGACAGCUAAAAUAAGCCCGUUGAAAGCAAACGGUGUGAAAACAACAAAAAAUAAAGAGUCUAUAUUAAGAUCUCUAUUAAAAACAGAUAAUUGUGAAGAGUAUACAUAUAAUCAUAUAGAGAAUGACCAUUGUUAUUUAGCAAGCGAUUUUUACAAGAGGGACCAUAGACAAGCUAGAUUAGAGGAUACCAGAGACAAAUCAAAGAGUGUAGUGUACAGUAAAUAUAAAGAUAUUAUAUCUAAAUUCACGUGUGUUAAAUCUAUGGUUAGUUAUCUAUUGAAACACAUACCGUUGGUGAGUGAGGCGGCCGGAGAUGUUGAUUAUGUGGCGAUGUUCCCGUUUGUUGUUAAAACUGAUGACAAAUAUUGGAAGUUGGACUUCGCUAAGCGUAGGAAUAUGGAGUGGUCACGAGCAAAAUUGAUCAACAAACUACUCACAGAGACAUUUGAAUCCAAUCCCAGUAAAAUUUGGAGAACGAAACAGAUCCUAAUAUACUCAAGAUUACACGGAUACUAUCCAAUUAGACAGGAGAAGGCCGACCUCAAAACAGAUGAAUGGUCAUCGUGGAACGAUAUCAAUGAAGGAAAAUCAGAAUCAAACAUUAGAGAUACAUUCCCAAAUGAAAGUCAUCUGUCUACAUUGAGUGUGUUCAAUAAAAGUGAUUAUGUUACCGAGGAUUCAGUUGUAGAUUUAGAUGUGAGUGGCUCCGAUGAAGAAAUAGAAAUAGUUAAUGAUGUGAGUGUUAAGAAGAAACCCGUGUUGGUUGAAGGAACUGUGAGUGAGGAAGUGUUGCCCGUGGAUAGUAGUGACCGACUGAGGUUCCUGUUCAUAGAGAAAGUGUGUGAAGACAUCGGCAUUGUGUUGAGGAAUGAAGAUAUAGGGCAUGGGUACUCAUACAGUUCGGUCCACUCAGUGUUAUUAUCAGCCACCAAGUGUUUCGCUGAAGAGUUGAUCCGGUCGUCUCUCGCCAGGCAACUUACCUCGGAAUUGGGAGAGGGACGAGUGUGGGUUGGUUGGUCCAGGCCCCGCGUGUGUCUCCAGCACGUUUUCCUCGCCACCAGCGACCCCAGGCUGCGGCUCGUGACGUCAGCACACCUCGCGGCCGACGCGCACACACACACACCGGCCCCAAUAUAA